CCGAACUCUAAUAUUUGGAUCGAGCGAGAAAGGAGAGAGAGAGAGAGAUGGCGAACAAGCUGAUCAGCCAAAUGGGUCUUCCCAAAUCAAUUGGUAACAUCCUUGCAGCUCGUAACAUCUUAACUGCCAAGGAUGCCUUGUCUUUGACUGAAUUCGAGCUGAUGGAAUUGUUAGAUGUGGGGCUGUCUGAAGUAACAUCUGCAGUAGCUCUCAUCAGUGAAAUUGCGUGUCCACCAUAUCAAACUGCGCUUUCGCUGAUGCAGGAACGAGUUCAAAAUGAAUAUUUGGCUGGCCACCUUCCCACUCGUCUGAAAGGGCUGGAUGAGGCCUUACUCGGAGGAGUACCUUUCGGUGCUGUGACGGAGUUGGUUGGCCCAGCUGGCAUUGGCAAAACGCAGUUUUGCCUAAAGCUUUCACUGUUGGCUGCACUUCCUGCAAAUUAUGGAGGUUUAAAUGGUCGUGUAAUAUAUAUUGACACCGAAUCCAAGUUUAGUUCAAGAAGGAUGAUAGAGAUUGGAGCAACAAGUUUCCCAGAGAUAUUUCAUCUGGAUGGAAUGGCUCAAGAGAUGGCUGGUAGGAUCCUUGUUUUGCGGCCAGCAUCAUUGCCUGAAUUCACUGAGAACUUAGAACAAAUCAAGUUGUCACUUCUCCAACAUCAAGUGAAAUUGCUCAUCAUUGACAGCAUGACUGCUCUUGUUUCCGGGGAAAGUGAUAAGGACUUAAAGGCUUCUAAACAACAUCCAUUGGGCUGGCAUAUUUCUUAUGUUAAGUCACUUGCAGAGUUUUCACGAAUUCCUAUUGUUGUGACCAACCAAGUCAGAAGUCAAAAUAGCAAUGAAUCCUUUCACUAUCCCUUCCAAGUGUGGAACAAUGAUGAGAGCAUGAAGGACCUUCCAAGAAUGGAAUCCCAUCUUGUUGCUGCUUUAGGGAUCCACUGGGCUCAUGCUGUGACAAUCCGUCUUGUGCUUGAGGCUCAUUCAGGUAAAAGGUUUAUUAAAGUGGCAAAAUCUCCAGUAUCACCAUCUCUUGCAUUUCCUUUUGUCGUUACUUCAUCAGGGAUUUCAUUAGUAAGCGAUGAUGGAAUAGAAAUACCUGGACCAGAGAUAAGCGCAAUUCACUGUCAAGGAUAUGAUGACAUCUUUGACUUCAAUAGGUAAUGGCUUCACUGAUUUGAGAGGAUCAUUAUACAGGCAAUUUGGAUAUAUUGUUUAUUGUUUCAGGUUGAACCGGAAGGACUGACCCAUGACAUGUAUCAGAGCAGCGUUGAGAGCUAAAACUGCAAGAGGUGUGCUACUCAUGGAGGUUACCCAAGUAGAAGAUGGGUUUUUCUGUUCAAAAGGAUGGCUAAGAGAACAGUUUCUGAUGAUGUUAUUUAUUGAAUCCACAGUUCAACACCUCAGGGACCAGAACGAUGUCCUCAAUUUUGAAUGGAGAUCAACUGAAAGGCAAUCAAGCACAUUGAAAGAACUGGUUAAUGAUUGUUAUGGUACCUUGUUAGAUGCACAGUUAUAUUAUACUUCAUGGUCAUGCCCUACCCGAAAGUUGGCCCAACAAUUUUUCCAGACCUCUAGAUUGUCUGUCAACUGGAUUUCUGAAACAUUCCUACGUCUGAUUAUCUAGGGAUGCAAUUUGGGUGGGCUGGGGUUGCGAUUUUGUUAAACUUUGAAGGAGCCUGGCCCAGAAGCCCGGGAUCAAUGCAGUGUAAAUUCUUCAAAUCAGGUACCUGAUUUGCAUCCCUAUCUAUGAUUAUCUGCAUGUUUAACUUCACAAUUUUAUGAAGUAUCUCAUCAUCAACAAGAUGGAUUGAGCUGCCUUA